ACCAAUAUGCCAGUGAUGAUAAAUCCUUUUUCCUCUCUCAUCUGCUACUACUACUGUACGUAAGCAGAGAAGAGUAGAGCACAAGAACUAUUGUUGCAUCCCUGAAAAUGGCAUCUUUGGCUCAGCAGUUCGGAGGCCUGAGAUGCCCACCUCUACCUUCGUCUCGCUUCUCCAAACCCAUCUCUCAGAAACCCCAAAAAGCCACCUUCUCCCGUGUUGUAUCUGCAGUCGCCAUCUCCAAUGCUCAGACCAAAGAGAGACAGAAGCUCAAGGACAUGUUCGAAGAAGCUUACGAACGUUGUCGAACUGCACCAACGGAAGGUGUAUCGUUCACCCUCGAAGAUUUUCACAACGCGCUCGACAAAUACGACUUCAACUCCGAAAUUGGCACCAAGGUCAAAGGAACAGUGUUCUGUACGGACACUAAUGGAGCACUUGUUGACAUUACUGCAAAAUCUUCUGCAUACUUACCUGUCCAAGAGACAUGCAUUCACAAAAUAAAGCAUGUAGAGGAAGCAGGUAUUGUUCCUGGUUUACGAGAAGAAUUUGUAAUUAUUGGAGAGAAUGAAGCUGACGACAGUUUGAUCUUGAGCCUACGAUCAAUCCAGUAUGAACUUGCAUGGGAACGAUGCAGACAGCUUCAGGCAGAGGAUGUUGUCGUCAAGGGUAAGAUUGUUGGUGGAAACAGAGGUGGUGUGGUGGCAAUUGUGGAAGGUCUUCGUGGAUUUGUUCCAUUCUCACAGAUAUCAACAAAAUCAACUGCAGAGGAACUCCUUGAUAAGGAACUCCCACUGAAAUUUGUGGAGGUUGAUGAGGAACAGUCCAGACUAGUCCUGAGUAACCGCAAGGCUAUGGCUGAUAGUCAGGCACAACUUGGAAUUGGAUCAGUUGUCACUGGAACAGUGCAGAGCUUGAAACCAUAUGGUGCUUUCAUUGACAUUGGUGGAAUUAAUGGCCUUCUCCAUAUUAGCCAGAUUAGUCACGAUCGUGUCUCAGAUAUCUCAACUGUUCUGCAACCUGGUGACACCCUGAAAGUCAUGAUACUGAGCCAUGAUCGUGAGAGAGGCCGAGUGAGUCUCUCUACCAAAAAGCUGGAGCCUACACCAGGAGACAUGAUUCGCAAUCCAAAACUUGUUUUUGAGAAGGCAGAGGAGAUGGCUCAAACAUUCAGGCAGAGAAUUGCUCAAGCAGAAGCUAUGGCCCGUGCUGACAUGCUAAGAUUCCAGCCAGAGAGCGGAUUGACUCUCAGCUCUGAUGGGAUCCUAGGUCCACUUACACAAGAGUUGCCCGUUGAGGGUCUUGAUUUAAGUGACGUUCCUUCAGCUGAAGAUUAAUAAUCGAAAUCAUAGGGUGGUUGCACAGUGUCAUUUUAACUUACUAUUCUAGAAAAGAAAUGGAAAAAAGUUGUCUCCUUUUGAGUAGUUCAUUGUGUUACUGAAAGAUGAAUAAUUAAUUUGUAUUAGUUAUUUCCUUCUUUUUUCUUUGGGUUGAUUGAAUUGUCUUAGUAACCUACUUAUUUCCUUUCAUUUGUUCUUCGCGAUCUUGAGCUUCAGUCACCUACAGUGUUAGAACUUAGUAGUGUUCAUGCAGUUUGUUCUCUGUAUUCAUAAAACUCAGAUGAAGAUGUUCAUACGUGUUGAUCUACCAAUGAUUGAAUGAUCUUUGUUCUCCUUGAGUUUUAA